GUCUCUGCGUGAUGAGGGGGAAGUGAGAGACCGGCGUACAACUUUUGAAACUCGGUUACUCUCCUGUUGAAACUUUGUGACCCGGCUUUUUUGAAACAUCUGCUUUUUCUUGUCGCCACACUGAGGUAGGCAUCCAUCUUACUAAUGUUGUUGGUGGUGUUUUGUGUUGUCAACAUUCCUGUGUAGUCGCUGACACCAUGGACGAUGCUGUUUCUAAUGGGCGUAUGUGACUGCGUUUAAAGUGAGCGACACAACCAAACUCAAUUGAAAGUUUCACCAAGUUAUCGCUUUGUUGGGUUUUUGUUUGACUACGUGUUAUUUGACGUAAAUUUCAAGUAUAUAGCAGCUCAAUUUGUUACUUUUUAACAUUCGGCUUAUUUAAUGUUCAGUAAAACUCGACUUGAACCAGUAUUUUCAAACUUUUACCACUUGCUUGCUUUGCUUUCACGCUGACGGUAGGUAUCAGGUGACGUCGUGUAAACAAAGUAGAAACAACCGGUUCUUUCACCGAAAGAUUUUCUUUGUUUAGUUAAAGCUGUUUUUUCAUCAAAGUGUCCAAAUCACAUUUAACGACAUUCAAGACUUCGCCAGAUUAUUUUUUGGGAAAAAUCGCGAAAUAUUUGAAUGGAGUUUGGCUCGUAGGUCUGCCAAGAGUGAGGAGACGAAGCAUGACCUUGCCAUUUCGUGGGAGCUUUAAAACAAGUACAAAACUAAAGACCACGUGACCAUCAGGGCUUGUAUUUACUUUAGCAAUGUUUUCUUGUCCAGUCUAUGGAAGCCCAAAGUGGACAUACAUUGAUACAUUUUCUUUACCCCAUUAUGCAGCUACUAAGAGUGAAUUUCAGUGGUUUUCUCAAGUUUCAUGGCUGCUGAAGGCUUUAACUUUCUUUAUCCCAGCAUGAAUAUGUUCAGAAGAGACAAAGGGACAAAUCCAAGUGUCCCACCUCGACCCAGCAAAGAGGUACGAAUAGCUUCAGAAGGAGCGGCAGUAUUUAGCUUUUCUGUGUUUGUUUGUUUAUUUGUUUUAUUAAUUGAUGACUUAUUCAUCACCAGGAUCUGGACGGUCCCAUCACGUACAGCCAGAACAAGCAUGAUGCAGAAGAGACAGAAGCCUCACAGGUGAAUGUUCGAACCCGCAGAUACACAAAUAAAGGUGUCUCCUCACAUCCUGACUGUUUUUAUUUCUCGCAGGAAAUCAACAGCGAGGUGUCAGCUGAGCUGAUCCCAAAGUCAAAGGUAAAAAAGACGUAAUUCGUUUGUAAAAUCCCGACAAAUUCUGACGAAGGUUGCCAUAUUUAAUGUGUAUGUUUUGCAUUAGAGGGCAGGGGUGAUGGGAGUUAUGAACAAGGUCAACCCCUUCAAGUAUACCUCACAGGUAAAGCUGCACAUUUACGUACAUUGAAGCAUUUGUUAUAAUUUUGACCAUUUAAUUAAAACAAGAUUUUUCUUCACCCAGGCCUCCUCCACCGUCAACAAAGCCCCUUCCUCAGAUUCACUAGAACAGGGAACAGAGUCAACCCAGGUGAGAAGAAGAGUUUAUAACUUUGAGUUUGUGUCCUAACAACAACAUUAGAUCUUUAGACAACAUUCACACGCCUGGUAAAACUAACUUCUGUUUUUAGCGGCCCGUCUGACUCACUUAUUUUCAUUUGCCUGUCUUAUUUGUUAUGUAGACAAAUGCAAGACUGCAGGUGAAGCUUCGCACAUCUAUCAUACCAAUCUAAUUCCAAUCAGCAGGGGCACAUAUGAGGGAAAAAGGUAGUAUUAUGCUCAGGACCCAAGACUGACAGGGACCCCCAGACAUAUUUGAAUAUUUGCAGUAGUGGAGUCCAAUUGGACAUCUUUCAAUGGGGCUCAAAAUCUUUGACAUAUGCAGGCCCACCAGUCUUGAACUUGAAGAUCAUGGUUUGCUCGUCUGUAGUUGCAGAAAUAAAUAAAACACCUGCUAAAGGGUAGUUGCGGCCCAACACCUACCCACCUACUUGAUGUGGUUUCCUUCUAAGUGGAAAGAAGAAGUGCAGUUUUUGUAGUCCUAUAUUUGUUUCAUUUUCAACACUGAUCGUUUCUGCUUGGAUGCUUAUGUUGUUUUUGUGUGUGUUUUUGCACAAAAAUGUCCAAUGAAAUAAAAUUUUGUCCAGAUUGUUCCUUUCUGUUGACAACAAAGAUGAACAAUAUUACUAAACAAAGAGACAAAACAACAACAAAGACCACAGUAUUACUAAACAAAGAAACAAAAUAACAAUGAACAACAUUAUUACUAAACAAAGAGACAAAACAACAACAAUGAACAACAAUAUUACUAAACAAAGUUACAAAACAAAAACAAAGACCAACGAUUUUACUAAACAAAGACACAAAACAACAACAAUAAACAACAAUAUUACUAAACAAAGAGACAAAACAACAACAAAGACCAACAAUAUCUUUAAACAAAGAAACAAAACAACAAAGACCAACAAUAUAACUAGACAAAGACCAACCACAUUAAUAAACAAAGAAACAAAAAGCAACAAAGACCAACAAUAUUACAAAACAAAGAAACAAAACAACAACAAAGACCAACAAUAUUACUAAACAAAGAGGCAAUACAACAUCAAAGACCAACAAUAUUACUAAACAAAGAGACCAAACAACAACAAAGACCAACAAUAUCUUUAAACAAAGAAACAAAACAACAACAAAGACCAACAAUAUUACGAAACAAAGACCAACAGUAUUACUAAACAAAGAAACAAAACUUAAGUGUUAAUCUUACAGAUACAGACCAUUUGAUCUAGAUUCAACCCUUUAAAAAUCCAUCGCUCGACCUUAAACUCUUAGCAUUGUCGUUGUGCACACUCCUCUCAUCAAACGUGAUAAACUGAAUAAACUAGCUUCUAGUUCCUUAGACGACAGAGUCACUGGCUAUCACACACGAGAGACCUUGUUUGAAUAUUUAAAACUUGUAUUUCAGAACCAAGGUGGGCUGAAAGGUGUCAUGCAAAAGGUCAACCCAUUCAAGUCCACCACCCAGGUAACCAUGGCAAUGUCUGCAUGUUAAAAUGGUCACAGUGUUAUAAUCUGUGUUAGACUGUCAGCUUAUUUUCUCAUGUAGGUCCCUAAAGCUCCGUCUUCAGAGUCACUGGAACAGGGACAAGUCUCAGACCCCAAGCAGGUGGGUAAAUGAAGAGCCCCGCUCAUGGCCAUUUAGGCUCCAGGGUGUUGAUUAUUCUUUCUUUCUUACAUGCUUGUGUUUCAGAACCCUGGUGGGUUUAAAGACAUGAUGCAGAAAGUCAACCCAUUCAAGCCUUUCACACAGGUACCUUCUCUUUGUAUUUAUUUAAAAACGACAAACACAAGACCGAAAGCUUAGUGUCGAUUUUUCUACACCUGUAACUAUCUACUCUUAGCAGCAGGUGCCAAAGAGUGAUCCUCAAAGUGAAUCUGCAGAACCACCCGGGCCUGUAAAAGAACCUCAAAGCAAAGAGGUAAACUCUCUCUCUCUACUCUGUCCGUGAUCUGUGGACCUUAAAGCCCUCGCAACAUUUAAGUUUGUGUCUUUUUAUCCAGAAUUCAGGGUCGUUUGCAGGAAUGAUGCAGAAGGUCAACCCCUUCAAAUCUUUACCACCAAAGGUAUCAGUCGACAGCUCCCUGAUUAUUUCAUGCUCAAGCUACAAGUCAGUCACUGGUUUUUCUUUUUGGACCACUUUUACAUUCUCAGUUUGUUUUUCUCCUACUUGCGUGUUGACUUUUUAGGACUCCCAGCCUCUCAACAACGAGCUGUCCUCAAGCAAUGGGAGUUUAACCGACAACAACGUGCCAGAAAAGCAGGUAGAUCUAUGAAUACCAAUGGGACCAGUAAAAUGAAAUAGUUUGAACCAAAUGAAGAUACGACAUUGACUUGGCUGUGACAGAGGGCAGAGCAGUGUCACACACAGCUAGUAUGGAGAGCGACUUCAACAGAGAGAAUCUGACACCAUACUAGGCUUACGUGGAAAAGUACUGAUUAGUUCUUAUAGAGUACAACCACAGUCACACAAUCACAAAGGGACGUCUUAAGGCUCAUUUAUGCCCAGUGUUGCAUACAGAUCCGUAUUUGCGUUCUUUUCGUCCGUGUUUCUGCACAUAUCGUUUAAGUUUGCGGAUACGGGCCAGAUGGAGCAGUACCACUGGAAACCGUGGGGGCAGUGUUGCUGCUGUCACUACCCGAUACGCAUCUCUAGAGAGAAACAAAGAAGACAAUCGUCGCCAGUUUCUCUCAUUGGUAAUACUAGAGAAAAAAAUUCUCUGUCCUCCAACCACGAGUCGUUUAGUGGCUUGACCGAUCACUGCCUCUGUUUCUGUCUCCUAUGCAAAAAUAUACAUUAUCACCAGCUCCUCCACAAUCGCCAUGUUUCUUUUUAUUUGUUGUUGUCAAAAACUUUUGACCCUGGCCUGCCCCCUGGUGGAUGUAAUGGUAAACAUCCAUGCCGCAUGGAAGUAUGUGGGUAGUGAUGGAAUUAUCGUUUGAAAAGAAAGCGUACAUUUUCACACGUAUGGUGAGCAUAAAUGAGCCUUUCAUGGUCUUUUUCCGAUUCCUAUUGUAAAGUUAAUUAAAUAAUAUGACAAACAAUGGUUUAAACUGACUUACUGUAUUUAUAACAUCUUUUACUAAGAAGCCCAGGUUGUUGAAACGAGUAAAUAUUUGUCUAAUUUUGACCGGUUAAUAUUUCUUAACUAGAAUCCUGGGACGUUUGCAGGAAUGAUGCAGAAAGUGAACCCGUUCAAGCCCUCCACACAGGUAUCUUUAAUGUACAUUCAACAAAUAAAGCCCAAUAACUUAAUCAGUUACUUAGUGUGAUGUUUAUUUUUGCUCCUGUUAUCUUUUAGCAGCAGCAAGUGCCAAAGUGCGACCCUCAGAACGAGUCUGCAGAUCCACCUGGGCCCCCAAAAGAAAGUGAAGCCAAAGAGGUAAAGUGUCGGCUCUUCUGACCAUCAUCUGUGGAUCUUGGAUUAAUUUGUCCAGCUUUAAAUGACCUAUUGAUCGCUUUUUCUUUUCUAAUCUAGAACCCCGGGGCAUUUGCAGGGAUGAUGCAGAAGGUCAACCCUUUCAAGUCCUCACAGCCAAAGGUACCGGGUUCAAAUGACUCAUGAUAACACCACAGUGAUGAACCCGUUUUUACUGCCAUGUCCUGGUGUCCUGGUUCUCACGAGGGAGCGGUCAGGCUAAGUGUUGUAGCUACAUGACUCUUCAAACAGAGACUUAAUGGAGGCCUUCUCCAAACAGUGUUUCCAGAGGAAAGGAUUGCUCAUUUCUAAAUAAUUUUUGGGGGCUUUUUUUGUUUUUUUAUUAGAGUGGCCAAAAAGAGGGAGGAAAUUUGGGGUAGCAGAGAGUAGAAGAAGACGUAACGGGAGUUGAACUUGCGACCACUACAACAAGGACUUAAGGAGUCAACUGACUUUGUUCAAUGUUUUUAUAUAUUUUGGUCUUUUUACUCUAGAGUUAGAAUUUGAAAGAAACAGCUCGUAUGCUGAAGUCUUAAGAUAACUUAUCUGGUCGACGAAAGGUUCUUUGAGGGCUGACCCCCAAUGUUGGAAGGAUUUCCCAACAAACUUUUUUCAUUUUUUUUUUUCCCAAAGGGUAUGGGAGCAGAAAUAAAGACACUGAUUCUAACGUAGUGAACUGAAACCUGUUUGAAAACCAACAAAGUUACCAAUUAAGGGUAUCAGGCUUGCAGAGGGAAAUUUCUGGAUUGAACUCUGUUUAUCUUUUCUUUUAGAGAGCUUAAUAAACUAAAUACUCAGUUUGGAUCAAUGAAAUUUGGUCCAAAUGUGAACUCUUGAUCGGCGAUAUAUUAAUAUUUUCUCUACAGCAACAUACUCACUGGGCAGUGCUGAACAUCUGUCUUGUAUGUCGACUUUUUUAGGACUCCCAGCCUCUCAACAACAAGCUCUCCUCAAGCGGUGGAAACUUGGCAGACAAUAACAACUUACCAGAGAAGCAGGUAAGUUCGAUGGGGUCAAGCCUUUUAUUAGCCGAUGUGGCAUGCCCCUUUUUUUUCCUGACCAAUCAAAUGGAAGGAAGAAAACGAGGUCUACUACUUACAACAAACUCUUGUUUUCCAAAUCAGCUUAGAUAUCUCAAAUCAUCUAGUGAUGGGAAUUGCGGCUCUUUUUAGUGAGCCAGAUCAUUCUCCGGUCACCAAGAAGAGGCUCCCAAACAGCUCCUUAUUUUACCACUUCUACAUUUUCUAAUUCAGCCAAAUUUAGCGUGGUUUGGCUUAUGAUAUGUACGCAUGUGUGUACAUAUCUCUCAAAUAAUUCAAUGCAUCCUUUAUGCUGAAGUAUUAACAAGUAAAAAUGACAUUUUCCAAUAUCAGUAAAUAGCUGUAGCCAUCCUGAGCACAUCCAUUAAAUGAGCCCAAGCACAUGGCACACUCCCGCCCUACUCUGCUUGGUGUAAUCUCAUGUGACUGGUUGCACACAGCAUGCAUGUCGCAGUCAUGCACUGCACGAAUGGAGCACCCGUCAUCCAGUCAUUCUGCCUUAUAGUUUUUUUUAUGGUCUGUGGGGUAAAAAAAGAGAGAAAAAAAGAAAAAAACAAACGUCUCACAGACAAGAGCCGGCUCCGAUCAUUCACGUUAAACAGCCGGCUCUUUGAACCGGUCCGUUCGCGACCGACACAUCACUAAAAUGACCGGUAUCCACUGGCAAAGCGGUCUGCUAUUUACACAAGUAACACUAGAUGGUGCCAAAGGAAAUAAUUUACCUCUCUGGAUACACCUGUCUCUCAGCUUCUGUGUAUUUCAAAGCUUUAACAAUGUGCCAAACUAUUACUUCUUGCUUUCUCACUGUGUUUUGUGUUUGUUGUAGAACCCUAACGUGUUUAAAGGGAUGAUGCAGAAAGUUAACCCCUUCAAGUCUUACACUCAGGUACUUUUCAAAACACUGUCCAACUUCUCCUUUAUUGUUUUGCAGUUGCAUUAAAAUCUGAUUAGAAAAAUUAGCCCUGUAGUCUGGGCUGGAAUUUUAUCAAACCAAGCGAACUUCAGACAGAUAAUAUGUGUCGUUCUGAUGUGAUACAGAUGACAGAAGAGGAAUGUGAGACGGACUCUGCAGUUCCCAAAACAGAUUCAUCAGCGAAGAUGCAGGUAAAGGUCAAAAUGGUUUGUUUGGGAGGUCAGAGAAGUUCAGAGGGUGUUUACAUUUCCUUAAUCAAGUCAUAAUUAUCCAAGACGUCACUCAGAUGCAUAAUACUUUAAAAAGAUCAACAUUUUUAAAUACGUCAUUUAUUUGCACUCUAUCAUCGCUGCAAGUUACUGGAUAUUAAACCUGUUGUGUGAUUCCCCCGUGGUAACAAUGUGUUCUAUUAUUAACUGUGUUGUUUGUUCUUCAUUUCAGGGACACAAAGUUCUUCAAAAGGAGAUCUCCACCAGCACGGAGAGCUUGAAUGACAGCUCUAUAGAGAGACAUGUAAAAACAUUACACUAUCCUCCUGAUUGAUCGACCUUUUUGUGCCGUUUCUUCACUGUUUAUUCAACUCCUCACUCUAAUAUAAUCAAGGCGGAUUCCUGACUUGGCUUUUCAAAUCUCAAAGGUGGUUGUAAAACACCGGCUCACCUGGUGUUGUGCCCAUUGUGUUCUUCUGAUUAAUUGCAGCAACUAUAAAGAAAGCAUGCAGUCUAGCAGGAAGCAUGCAAACUAGCUGCAAAGGGAGAAGCACAUGAUGACAAUUGAAAACAGUGUCAGUCCAUUUUUCACGGGCAGCAUGAGUCUAUUUAAGACGAAGGCGUGCUUAAACGUCAGAAUCUGGGUUUAAGUUUUGUCUAAACACAAAAUGAAACAAAAGCUUCUUUGUGCUGCCCUGUGGUACACCUCGCUCAUUAACUCUGUGAGUUAAAAAUAUUUAGAAUUACUGGUGUAUGUAAGCAGUCUUGCAUAAGAGGAACUAAUCUGUCAACCCUCUUUCUAGACUAUUUGGUACACUGAUGGCGACACCGGCUGUGAGGUGAAAAGCCAGCCGGCUGAGGGGCCAAAGAAAAGAACAAUGGUAUGUUCAACAGUGGUUUCAGGAAGUGGAUGAAACGUGACGUACAAGCUACUUCAUGUUGAAAUUUUUGUGUUUUUUGCCAAGAGACCCACCCUUUUUUGAACCAUCAGUCAUCCAGUUAUGCCUUGUUUACUCAUAAAGUGAUAUUUAUGUUUUUUGUUUCCUCUUAAGACUUUCAGGAUAAAGAGAAUCCUGCCCAGUGCGUUGUUUGGGUCGGGAACAAAGGUACAAGUAAAUAUCAGCCUUCAUUUAAUUUUUAAUAAACUCAAACUGAAUCCAAUAAAUGUUUGAGACUGAAAACAGUGCUGCGGUGCUUUAGUUCUUAUUAAAAAAUGAGAGUUUUAUGUUGUUAAUCAGUCUACUUAUAUAUACAUGUGUUUGAUCUAUAGGACUCUGCAUCAUCGGACACUCAGGCACUGACCCAGGUGAGUGAGAGAGCCAAAGUAAUGUGUAAAAAGCAGAAAAAGGGGAAAUGAAACAAUAUAAAUGAUUAAAUAUUUAAAAAAAGACAUAACUGACAGUUGAAAUGGGAAGAGGAGGGUAAUACAAGUACGUAGGUGCAGUUUGGAAAUGAAACCGGAGGAGAGAGUGCACCUGAAGUGCUGCUGCUGUUUGCAUUCUCUGUUCUCCUAAGCUUUCGUCUCCUCUCAUGCAAAUAACUUUGCAGCGGCGCUCUGAAAGCGUGUAAAUAAACCCAUACACAGCUCAUCGCCACUUCAAUAACCCGGGCAGGCUGAUGUAUUUAGAAAGGGUGUGUAGAGAUGGGACCAGGUUUUAUUUGUCCAUGCAAUUACUAUUGAAGCUCGGCCGCCUUUGUUGAAAUAUCUUCCAUCCUGAGUGAACUCCGCUGUAGCACGGCAGACUCUGGUUUCACAGGUCAAGUCUAUUGUUUUUUUAGCGGUGGCUCUCUUCCUCCCAUUAGGCAGGCUAAUAGAUCACGAUGAUUUCAAGUGAAAAUGACAGAGCAAACUUUGAAAAGCACAAGAGAAAAUGAGAUGACACCUGAUCUGUAAGUCACCCAUCUUUAACAUCAAUACGCCUUUAUUGAAGGCUUGUCAACAACUGAUAUUUGUCAUGUAUGACUCAAAAUCAAGCUUACGUCAUUGGUGUGUUUGUUCUUUACGCUAGAAUGGUAUUUCAAUAACAGUUUAACUGGAUUGGGCAGCUUUUUCUUGGGUUCUGGUACCUUUAUGUGGCAGUCGUUAACAGGUAGGAAGUAUGUCUAAAUCUUGUGAUAUUAGUGACGUACAAACUCCAGGCUGCAAAACUUUGUUUUAUAGAAUCUCAAAAACUUGUCUUUCACAAAAUAAAUGCUCACAUUUAAGGGGGCUUUCGCACCGAUGUUGUUUGGUACAGACUUUAACACUUUUCUGUUUAGUCCGAACCAAAACGACAGGUGUGAAACCUCCCCAGGACCUUGGUCUGGACCAAACAGACAGACCUUGGUCUGACAAAAAGAGGUGGUCUUGUUCCGGACCAAACUGAACCAUGGUCUGGUUCAUGCCCAGUGUGACAAUAUUAUUUUGAAAGGUUCAGACCUUCGUGCCAAAGACAGGAAAUGACGCGAGGAGUAGAAGUGUCCGUUAUUAUGUUCAAUUAAGAUUGUCCAAUAACAGGAAAUUUUAUAAUAUUGUAGAUAAAGUUAUACUUCACUAUUGUCAGCUUAUCUUUUCAAGACUUUUACCACACAUACCUUUCUCCCGAGCCGGUGUUGCAAUGACUCUGAAGAUUGCAUACUUUCUUUUCCUUUCCUAUCAAUGUCAAUAAAGUUGUCGUCUAAUGAUCAAACUCAUGGACUUCCUUCAAGUUGUAGCUGUUGGAGGUAGAAAAUCAACAAAAGUAUGAUGGUGGGAAUUACGAUUUCAUCCGGCCUAAUGACCUAUCAAUGUAAACUACAGAAACACACAAACCACUUAGUUGAUGACAAUAUCAUGUAGAUUCGUCGUGCAAAGUCUGUUAGUCUGUUUGCAAUAAUGACAGUAUGAAACCUAAACAGACUGAACCAAACAAUGUAACGAAAACACGGACCUUGGUCUGGACCAUUAGGUGUGAAAACAUCCUAAGUAAUUAAAAAGACAGACCAGAUCCAUGAGUAACAGGAUACGUGUUUACAAUCUUUAUUGACUAUCUGCUUGUGAAAAGGGUUGAUAUCUCUUCCUCGCUCAGGUUUGAAUGGUGCGUUUGUUGAGGCCCUUGUAUAAACAUCUUAUGUAACCUACAAUAUGGAGUCAUCUUUUUUUUUUGGCUGUCAUGUCUCAAAGUUGUCACAUGCAUGCUGGGAAAAGGGAGGGUGCUGUGUUUACACUGUUGGAACUUAGGACAGGAAUGACAACCGGCAUGCUAUCCAAACCCUAACCGCUGUAACUACCUGAGAAAGCUCACCAAAGACUUUAAAGAGUAUGUUGAACUUUUCUGUUAAAGGAGGCAGUGGAAGUUCAGACACUAGAGUUGGCUGAGAUACCCGUACCCAGUGAGGGAACAGCCCUGGACCCCCUUGAUGUAAGCUUAUUGGUUAAUAUUAAAUCAUCAUAUAAUACCCCAGCAUGCAUUUUUUAAUGUAUGGUAUUAUUGAUUACUUCCAGGAUGAGGACGGCCUUGUGGAGUGGUGGAGAACAGUGGAGGGUAUGUUUUGAUAUGACGGUUCUGCUCAUGCAUUUGUUGUACUGUUUACAGUGGUGAACAUCUGUGGUUGAUAAAAAGCCUCUUUUCUGUUUAAAAGGAUGGGAUGAGUGGAAUGAAGCGAACCAGGAUGAUGAUGCUGAAGAGUAAGUAGGACCUUCACAAAAGAGAAGAAAUGUCUCUGAUGGUUUUAACAAAGAUACACUGUUGGUUAAAAUACCUAAUCUUGUCAGUUUGUCGCUCAUUCGUUGAUAUGAGUAAUUAUUGCUGUUUGUUUUUGACUUUCUCAAACAAAAACUGACAUAUCAUGACCCAAUAUGACACAUUUUCCCUCGUUUCCUCAUCUUAGUGUGGUGGAACAAGCUGCUGAUCGUGUCUUCAUGGCAGCUCGUCUUUUUGUCCGCUUUUUCAACCAGCGCGGUGCUUCCCUCCAGCAGCGCAUCCUUGAACUUCUGUCCCUAGCUGACGCGGCAGACAUUUUCCACAAAAAGACAGUGUCAGCCAGCGUGGGCGGUGGGGUGUUCAGCGUGGCAGGGUCCAUCACUACCAUCACCGGCCUCAUCCUGGCGCCCUUCACAGCGGGAACAUCGCUCAUUGUUACGGCCGUAGGCAUUGGCGUUGCUACCGCAGGCGGGGUGACUUCUGCUUCAGCCAACAUCACAGACACGGUGCAUUCAAAGACGGAUCGCAAGAAGGUGGAGAAGAUGAUCCAAGACUACGAGGAGGAGAUGAAGGACAUCAAGGAGUGCUUGGAGUUUUUGCAGGUGAGACGACUACGAGAAGGUUUUGUUGUUUCUUUCUAUAAUUUGUUGGCAGAUUUAUUAAAAUUGAAGUUUGAUCAUUUUUCAAACUCUUACUUACUUGACAGGAAGGAAUGGAGGUUCUGGAGGACUGGAACUUUGAACAGUAUGCUGAGAGCAUCUCAAAGAAGCACCUCAACCAAAAUGUCAAACACGUGAUGAAGGAGGGUGGCCGAGCCGGUAAGGCUUUGGUUAUCAAUACAGAGAGCCUGAUCAACACCGUUCAGGUCCUGGGUACUGCAGGGAGCGCUGCCAAAGCUGCCCAGGUCAUGAGCGUCACAACAGGAGUGAUGUCGGGGCUCUUUCUUGCUCUGGAUGUCUUCUUCCUGGCCAAGGAUUCCGUUGAGCUCAACAAGGGGGCAAAGACUGAGUUCGCUGCAAAGAUCCGGGAAGUUUGCAAAGACCUGCAGGAGGGGUUGCUCGAGCUGAACCGCAUCAAGGAGGAGCUGCAGAGAACCAUGGAUGGAGUGGAGGUGGAAGUUGAGGAAGAGGAAGAGGAUGAGGAGCAGUUGAAGUCAGAUCUGAAGAAACUUAUUGAGCUUGAAGAAUGAAGGAUGCUGGUUUAGAAGCAAAACCAAAGCCUCAUGGUCUCAAUAUCUAAACCCUGAAAACUGGUCAUGGUCGACUCAGAGAUGAGUUUUUACUAAACAUGUAUUAAGAACUCUUGUAAAUCUGUAUAUUUAUAUUAUUUAAAGUAGUAGUUUUAAUUAUCUGAAGUAAAUCAGAAGUUGCCAAAUUGUACUUGUAAAAUCUGUCGGAAAUAAAAAGUGGCUUUUUAGCAUAUUUGUUUGUCCUUUUCUGAAUCAGUAGGGUUUAUAUUUACUUGCACAGCCUAUUUUGGCACCAAAGUAAUUCAUGUGAGUAAUGAGGAACUUGAUAUCCAAAAACAGAACCAGAAGAAGAAUGAAAAACCCUUAUGCUAUUUUCAGUGGAGAGAAUUCAAGGUCACAUGCGGCGUGAUCAGCUUGUGCUCAGAGAGUGCUGCACUAAUGCCACAAAAAAUGUUGAUGAUCCUGCCUGAGUGGCUUGUAAAACAUCUUUGUAUACAGUCAUUGGUUUCAUCCUGUCUAUCAGGGAUUAUAUGUCUGGAAACUUACAUGCCCCAUUUUGAUCAAAAGGUAAAAACCCACGGCAACAACGUCAGGCACCUUUACAGAAAGCAUUUUAUUAAUGGAGUAUUUCUUCCCCCUAAUGAGGAAGUACUUGAAAAGAGGUGAUGUGAUUUCUCUGAAGCAGAAGCGCAGAUGCUUUACAAAAAACAUAGAGUAAUUUUAACAAAUAGACUUGUGGCCAGUUAGUCAUCAUUGGACGCAUUGCUUAAACAUGACCUUUACCAUGUGCGCUAGGACAGUGGUCAUCCACAGAGCAAAUGGAAAAUGAAAGAAAGGUCUUUAAGCCCAUGUGAGCAUUGACACGGUCUGAAGUUGUAGGUAAUACUUUCAAGCUCUAAAAAAAAUCUCUCUCUGGGGUUUCGUAGUUCCUGUUGGAGCUUUCGGUAGCUAACCUCAGAAGAGGCGCGAUGAUCCAAACUUGACAUCAAAUUGGGAAGGCUUACUAACAAAUUCUGCCUACUCAAAACAAACCGUUAAAAAAAGUGUCCUAAUUAUACACGACAUAGCCUGAGUGCAAUUAAAAAUCACCUCCUUUCAUUAUAAAUGCAUUGAGACAUUGGCUAAGGCCAAAAAGGUCUUUUUUUUGUAACCUAACCAUAGACCUGAUUUUAAUUCAAAUCAGUGUUGUGCGUGAACGAGUAAAAAUAAACUUGUUCAUUGAACGUGAAACAUUUUGUCAUGAACAGUGAUCUGAACCGCUCAGUAUAUGUCUCGUGAACGGGAACGUGAGUGUCGCUCACUCCUGGGACAGUGAACGACCGCUCGCAUUGAGAGGUGACAGGAAGUGCUGAGGGAUGAGGGGAGGUACCGGGAAGUGCAAAUAGAUAAGGGGAGUUGGUGAGAGAAGAGGGAAGCUGGUGCUGAGAGAUGCUGAGCUCUGUGUUGUACAGCAGCAGAACUCAGAUCGCCAUGCAUUCAACGCGGCUAAUCCUGCAGUGCGUGUGAGAGCAGCAGCUUUGAACAUUUACUGGAGUUUUAAAGGGACGGGGAUGAAAGCAUAGAUGGCUCGACUGAAAAAGAGCAAUUGUAGCUAAAAAAAGAACAUGUACUAGUUCAUUUUAAUCGAUGUGAACUGAACUUAAGCUAGCUCAUUUUUUUGUGUUAGCUGGCACAACGCUGCUUAAAACAUGUGUCUCUUUUAGAUAUGAAGUACACAACACGAAGUGAAAUUCUGAAACUGAGUUACAAUAAGUCUUCACAAUAGAGAAACCCUGGGCUACGUCAUGAUGAACGCUUUGAGUUCAUUUUGGCAUCAAGGAAUGAAGCUGAGGAGAAACUUGAACAUAUAAUAUUUAUGCAGGCUGCAGUAGGAAAACCUGUGGCUAUAUACAUGUGUUUUGUCAACACUGUCACAGACUGUGCAUUGAAAUAAUCUUCAUUUACUAUAUCAGGCAUGAAUAACUACCUUUCUAUAAUUAGAUAAGACAUUUAGCUUUCUGGCCCGUGAAGAGUAAUAAAUGUUUUAGAAAUAUUCUUUUAUUUAAUUUAUUUUUUUUGUAUCUAUUUUUGCUUUUUUUAGAUAUUGUGUUUAUAAUUUCAAUAUGUUUUUCUUACGUUUAUUUGGUGGGGGAAUGGGAGAAAGAAUAGGGAGGAAAAGUUUGCUCUGUUCCAUGUAAAAAAAUAAAAGUUGAUCUGCUGUAAUUUGCUAACAAAAACUAAUUAAAAAAUUUUAAAAAGAAAGAAAAAAGAGUGAUGAAUGUCACGUCUAGUUAUUUGAUCAUUUUAACGCGUUUGGCUUGAUCUGAAUCUAAAUCUACAGGGUUUCCACAAGUCAAAAAAAGUACAAAAGACAUGAAGUGAAAUCAUAACAUUUUAAACUAACUUCAAAUCAAUCUUUAUUUGUAAGUAACAUCAAUAAAUUUUUAAGACCUUUCAAAAUUGUAUUCAAUACAUUUUAUGAGGUUUUAACUGGAUUUUAGACAUUUUAAGACUUUUUAAAACCCUGCAGAAACCCUGAUCUUAAAUGCUUUGUGAAACAAACGCGUCACUGUUGUCGACCAUGAGUCAAUAAAUUACAUCUUAGUAAUAGCUUUAACACCUCAUAGCACGUAUUAUUAAGACACUUUGUCUAUAUGACUCAGCCAACUGUAAACACCCCCUUUUUUUUCAAAGCUGAAACCUUACGUAACUUACAUUUAACUGAAUUUUAGACAUUUUAAGACUUUUUAAAACCCUGCAGAAACCCUAAUCUGAAGUGCUUUGUGAAACAAACGCGUCACUGUGACGACCAUGAGUCAAUAAAUGACAUCUUAGCAUGCAUUAUUAGGAUACUUUGUCUUUAUGACUCAGUCAACAGUAAACACCCCCUUUUUUUCAAAGCUGAAACCUUACAUAACUCUGAGUUUCCGACUCUUCAGGUAUUUUUUCUCAAGAAGGAAAACUGUUUUAGCUUUCCAAUAAAUAUGUCACCAGAAAAACAGCUUUCAGGAAUCUCUGAUGUCAUCUGCACAGAAUCUAAAAACACCUUUAGACUGAUAAUUUCCAAUCACUGUGUGAGAUCUGUGAACCUUAACGAAACAUGAGAAGUUAUCAGUGCUUUGACCCAAUGAUCAAAGGUAAAAUCUACCUUUUCUCGUCACUGCAGUAUUUAUUUCCUCCUCUUGUGCAACAAAGAAAAAACUAUUCAGGUUGUAUUAGACGCUGCCAAAAGUCUGCUUUUAAGAUUAGUUAUUUCCGUCACCCGAAAAGCUUUUGUUGAUUAAAUAAACAAAAGCACCUUUGUAAAAACUUGAUGUUAAGAGAGCAUAUCAUGUUUAGAUUGACCAGUUUAUUCAAAUAAAUCUUUAAUUCUAUUUUAAUCUUCACCACUUCUGUCCUGAUUUCCAAAAUAUGUUUCGUUUUCAUGUCAGUCUUUGAUAUUAAGCGAGGAUACUUAAAGGGAUAUUCAGGCGUAAAUUUAAGCCAUGGUCAAACGCACCGUAACACCGAGUUGAGAGAGAUGAAUUUUGCCAACCGUUUGUGGCAUUAUUUGUGGAUAUAGAGUGGCGUGGAGACUCAGACCGCUGUGUAUUGCUAUCGUGUGGUCGUUACUAAAGUUGGUAUGACUAGAGCAGCAAGCGGCGACAUUUUUCUCUCGAGGAGGUGUCUAACUCAGUGUUACGGUGUGUUUGACCACAACUGAAAUUUACGCUGGCAUAUCCAUUUAAAGCUUCGGUCAUGACUUUCCGUUGCCAAAAGGAUGAGGUUACAGAUACAAGCAGCUGAAGUGAGUUUCCUAGGAAAUGGUGGCUGGGCCCAGCCUUUGAGGUCGAGUCAAAAGUUCAGACAUCUAUAGAGUAUUGACAGUAGAGUAGUGGCUGUUUUACUCUGAAAAAAUCCAACUGAGGUGGUUUGAAUAUUUCAUAGGAGUACCUCAUGGUAUCUCAAUCUCACCCAUGUCCAACUGGGAGGGGGUGUGUGAAAUUUCCAUGUCUAGAGUGGCCAGAAUGCAGUGUCUCUUUGUAAAAUUUCACCGUUUUGAAGGAAGUACAAGUGUUGUAGACACUUUUAGACAAUUACAUUCUGUGCUUCAUUAGUGCUGAUGCAGCCUUUGGUCCAAACUUGAUGAUAACAUUGUGACAUGGCCUUGUACAUCAAAAGUAAAAAGUAAAAAUUACAGUAACACCUUAGUAGUCCUUGAAAACAAGAAUGUGAAAUAUGAAAAUCAACACGGCUUAAGUGAUUUAAGAACCGAUAUAGGCGUCGUCCGUUUCAGACGUGGGCACCCAAAUGCUGUUGUAAGGCGUUAUUGUUUUGGAUGGAUAAACGUACAUACCGUCACUGUUUUCUGACUCAGUUUGCGUCAAUACCUGGAUUUCAGUCUGCCUAGUUUUGUGAGUGUUGUUGGAUUAGUUUGGCAGAUUGAUGGAUGUGCAAAGGAGGCCUGGAGAAGCUUGCGUCAAAGGGAGUGAGAUUGAAACUAUAUGACCAAGAGACGCUCAAAGUUUCUUACCUUUACUGGAAGUCUAAGAGGAAACUCAAGACAAUAUGAUCAUGAUGCUGACUAACAAGCAAAGCUGGAUUUUUGUGGUUUCCUUUAUCUUGAAACCAAGACUGAGCGGACUCGACAAAAACAAGCCUGGCAUAGUUGUGGGUUUGGACGGUAAAUUUUUUGGCCGUGUACUUGACUGUCUAUUUAUCAUCAUAGUGUGAGCGCCAACACAACUCAUCAACAUUUAUUAGUUGGCAGAAAGUUUAUGUUUUCAUCUUGAUCCUGUAAGAGUUCGAGAGGUCUAAUAGACAUCUAAAUGUAGCCUAGAUGACUGGUCUAAAAUCAGGUUACCACAGGUCUAAAAGGGAAGUUUUUAGACAUCUAAAUUUAGACCAAGUUUAGACUAGUCGGUUAUAUCCAUACUACACUGUAUGUAAAUACUGUAAAAUAGUUAUUAAAUAAUGGGUUAAAAAUCAAUGUCUAAAUUCCGUCUAAAAAUAUACAGAAUCUAGAUGGUUGAAAUAAAGUUUAAAAAUAGACGUCUAAUAGUCGUCUAUUGUUCAGUGGGCUUGUUCAAAAUAAUGUUUCUGGUCUGACUAGCUCAUUUCUCUGACCAAAACCUGCACAGAGGUUUUUUCCUUUAUUGUUCUCUAAUUCACUAAGUUUUGAAGUAUUCUGAUUACGAGUUCUGCUGUGAGAUCUUCAGAGGUACAAGAGUUCGAGCCAAAAACAAGAGCAUUUUGGCAUCACAUGUAGAUUCUUACGAUCAGUGUCAUUAGAUAAUGCCAAACCCUUAUGUGGUAUGGCUGUAAGAGGAAGCAAAGACAGAUUUUUAUACUGUGACGUUUAUGGCUACACCUUCAUGAAUUCUUCUCUUAUGUGACCCCCCCAGAUUAUAUUUGACUCCUAACUAGAGUUUAAACAUAAUCCAAUCAGCUUCUAAGUGCCACUCUACCCUAAACCUCCUUUAAGUUCCUAGAUGUACUGUUAGAAAAACUGACAUACAUGGAAGGGUACAGGAAGUCUGUUUUACUAACUGAGACCUGUCUCAGAUAACAUCUACUAGUUCCACCUCCCAUACGCAGCUGCAUACACACAUCUUGACACGGUGACUGUUGUCAGAAAUUAGAGCGGAACGGCGAAAGCGACAAAUUGUCAAGUUGUCUCAUGCCCU